CUUAAUAGAUUCUUCCAGUUCCGACCAAAAAAUACAAUUAAAAUAUUGCCGAUCCUUUUCUUUGGAGUAUUUUCGUCUGGAGGGGAGAAAAAAAUGUUAGGAGUGUUUAGCAGCACGAUAGUGUCCCCACCGGACGAGCUGGUGGCGGCCGGUUGCCGGACUCCGUCGCCCAAGAUAUCGGCGGACGCGCUUGUUAAACGGUUCCUCGAGACGAACUCCUCCGCCGUGUCCGUGCAGAUCGGAGACCAUGUCCAGUUCGCUUACUCGCACCAAAACGAAUCUGCUUUACAGCCCAGCUACGAACAACAUAUAGAAUCUGGUACAAAACAGCUUGGUUACAUGUCAAAUAGCAUGGAACACUUGUUAACAGCUUGUUGGAGCACUAUAAAGAAAUACACCAAUCAGUAGAGCAUGGGACACGAU